AUGUCCGCCCCCGGCGCCACCAACGGCGGUGCCGGCGCCGACCAGUUCGGCGACCUGCUCGACCGCGAGUCCCAGCUCAUCGCCCAGUACAUGCAGCACGCCAGCGCCCUCGUCAUGGCGGCCACGUCGCGCGUCUCCAACCGGUCCACCAUUGGCGAGGCGGCCGCGAACCGUCUGCGGAUCGACGCCGAGGUCGCGGGACUGCUGCGAACGGCUGAGAACUUGUGCACCCUCACACGCCGCAUCCGCGAGCUGUGGAUCGUGGGCGCGCUGCGGGCGUCGGGCGCGGGCGACGCCGAGGCGGAAAGCAAGAUUCGGAGCGACGUGGCGCCGCUACUCGCACAGCUCGAGGGCAUGCAGCAGGCGACGCGGACACGCGAUUUGGGGCGAUACGGGACCUACCAAACGACAGCCACGGGUGGACCGGUGCCGCAGCCGACGCAGGUACAGCAGGCACAGCAGACACAACAAGCUUCACAACAGUCACAACCACCGUCACAACCACCGUCACAGCCACCAGGCGAGGCAACAGCAUCAUAG